CUCGACCCGCACCGCACCCCUCCCUACUUCUGGCCCGUCUCGCCGCCGAGCGCCCAAGACCCCUCGCUCGUCUUCCUCCUCGCGCGAGCGCCGCCAUCGCCACCGCCGGUUGAUCCCCCCAUUCGAUUCUCUCGUUCCCGACCGUUUCUCCUCCCAUCACCCCACGAACCGAUUCCGCCCCCCGUUUCAUCUCCUUAAUCGCCCCCAAUUCGUAACUGAGGCAACAAUCAAGAUGAGUUCGAAGAAGGUUCCAUUCAACCGGCAUAAGGAGAACGAGGAGGCAAGGAAGAAGAGGGAGGAAGAUGAAGCGGCGCGUGUUUACGCUGAGUUUGUCCAGUCAUUCGAGGGUGAAAGCACAUCUGGGUCAAAGUUUGUCCGAGGGGGUGUGAUCGAUCCAAAUGCCAAGCUGAGAGCUGAAUCUGAAGGUGGAAAGUCCAACGAUAGAGGGUCUGCUCCAAAGAAGGGCAGUAGGUAUGUUCCAUCUUUUUUGCCGCCACCAUUUGUGAGGGAGCCAGAGAAAAAGAGGGAAGAUGAGCGGCCAAAGGAAAAGGAAAAAGGAAAGCCACGGGCAAUAGAUACGGUCAUGGAAGAACUCAUUUUUGAGCAACAGCAACGAGAAAGGCGUAAUCAAGAACGUGACAGUCGACGUGGUGACACCUCCGUGCCCUCUAGCCGCUUUGAUGAACUACCAGAUGAAUUUGAUCCCACUGGGAGAUUACCGGGAUCAUUUGAUGACGGGGAUCCACAAACUACAAACUUAUAUGUUGGCAAUCUCUCUCCCAAGGUGGAUGAGAAUUUUCUUUUGAGGACAUUUGGUCGGUUUGGACCUGUUGCGAGUGUCAAGAUUAUGUGGCCUCGGACAGAUGAAGAACGCAGAAGGCAAAGGCAUUGUGGGUUUGUUGCAUUCAUGAAUAGAGCAGAAGCACAGGCAGCCAAGGAUGAAAUGCAAGGUGUUGUUGUGUACGACUAUGAGCUGAAGAUUGGGUGGGGCAAAUCUGUUGCUCUUCCAUCACAAGCACUGCCUGCUCCUCCUCCAGGACAUAUGGCAAUCAGAAACAAGGAGGGUAGCACUGUCGUCAUAUCUGGACCUGGAGGUCUACCUGUUGCAUCUGUUACACCACAAACCUCAGAGCUGGUACUUACUCCAAAUGUUCCUGAUAUAGUAGUUGCUCCACCAGAUGAUUCACAUCUUCGGCAUGUGAUUGACACAAUGGCUUUGCGUGUACUUGAUGGUGGAUGUGCUUUUGAACAAGCUAUAAUGGAGAGAGGACGAGGAAAUCCUUUAUUUAGCUUCUUAUUUGAUCUUAAAUCAAAAGAACAUGCAUACUAUGUUUGGAGGUUAUACUCCUUUGCUCAGGGUGAUACUUUGCAACGAUGGCGAACAGAACCAUUUAUCAUGAUUACAGGAAGCGGAAGAUGGGUUCCACCUUCUUUGCCAUCUAGCAUGAGCGUUGACCGUGAAAAAGAAUAUACCUUUGCAACUGGUAGAAGCAGGCGUGUUGAAGUGGAGCGUACAUUGACUGAUUCACAACGUGAUGAAUUUGAGGACAUGUUACGUGCAUUGACAUUAGAGAGGAGUCAGAUAAAGGAGGCUAUGGGAUUUGCAUUGGAUAAUGCUGAUGCUGCUGGAGAGAUUGUUGAGGUUCUUGCAGAAUCUUUGACACUCAAGGAGACAUCUAUCCCAACCAAAGUUGCGCGGCUUAUGCUAGUGUCCGACAUCCUUCAUAACAGUAGUGCUCCUGUGAAGAAUGCUUCUGCAUUUCGAACCAAAUUUGAGGCUGCUAUACCUGAUGUCAUGGAGAGCUUCAAUGACUUGUAUCGCAGUAUCACAGGAAGGAUUACUGCUGAAGCUCUGAAGGAGAGGGUUUUGAAAGUUCUACAAGUAUGGGCAGACUGGUUCUUGUUUUCUGAUGCAUAUCUGAAUGGGCUGAAAGCUACCUUUCUUAGAUCAGGCAACUCUGGGGUCACCCUGUUCCACUCUCUAUGUGGUGAUGCACCUGAAAUUGAAAAGAAAACUAGCUGCGAGGAUGACAAUAAUGGAUUUAUGCUUGAUGAAGAUGGUGCCCUGGCGACAGGAAAGGCAGCAGCGACGAAGGAGCUGUUAGGGCUUCCACUUGCUGAACUUGAACGCCGCUGUAGACAUAAUGGCCUCUCACUAUGUGGUGGUAAAGAGAUGAUGGUUGCCAGGUUACUUAGCUUGGAGGAGGCUGAGAAGGAGCGAUUAUAUCAGAAAGAUGUUGACAUGAAAUAUGGACACGGUGAAUCUCAUAGAACUGGAAGAGAGGAUAGCGGUUUUGACGCUCAUGGUGCUUCUAGAUUUGGAAAAGGUACUGGUGAAUCGGAUAUGCUGGGGCUCUCUCGUCACAGUAUGGAAACAGAUGAAAGACGCUCUGAAGAGUCUGCAUUGGCUGAAUGCGAACAAGUUCCAAGCAAGAAGCAGAAAACUGAGCCCAUUUUGCCAGCUUCUAAAUGGAACCGAGAGGAGGAUGGCAGUGAUGAUGAAGAGAGGAAUGGCGAACAAGGAUUGGGAUUAAGCUAUUCAUCUGGAAGCGAUAUUGCUGGUGAUAAUGGAAAAGGUGAUGCAGCAGAAAGCAGUGGCAAUCAUGCGAUUCAUCACCCAGAUACAAUUGUUGAUGGAGAGCAUAGGCAGAAGCUGAGGCAGAUUGAGAUUGCUGUCAUGCAGUAUCGUGAAUCUCUUGAGGAGAAGGGUCUGCGGAACAUGGAGGAGAUUGAGAGAAAGGUUGCCAGCCACCGUAGGCAUCUUCAGUCUGAAUAUGGUUUGUCUUCUUCAAUAGACGGUGCAAAGAACAGGCAAUCUUCUGAUAGAAUAUCAAAGGAGCGGAAAGAAAGGUAUGAUGAUGCACGUGAUUCUUCCAGGAAGCGGCCUCGCAGCCCUUCAAGGAAGUCGUCGCUAGAUAGAGAUCAAGAGCACAAUCGCAACAGAGAUAGGUUGCAUGGUAACGACGUGGGGAGAGACAGGGCACAUGAAAAAAGCACACGCCGAGGGAAGGAUGAUUACUACUCUGGGAGCAGAGACAGGGAAAAGGACAGGAGUAAGGGAAGGUAAUACUAUUUGAGCUGCUGGGCUGGGCUGCUUGAGUUGAUACACCUGUUGACUGUUGUCCCUUAAUGGGGAAUGCAUGGCGAGCUCCAUGCCUACAAAUACCUGCAUGUAAUGGGUGGCUUUUGAGGAUUGAGAGGUGCUUCUCAAUCUAUAUUGUAGCUUCAAGAACAGAAAUAGCAUCGUGAACCAUCGAAUGAGUAACCACAUUUCUUCAGAACCAUCGAAUGAGGGCCUUUUCGGCUU